AUGCUUGAUUGGGGGUUUCAAGUUCAUCAUCGAAAUCAUGAUCGUGAUCGUGAUCCUUAUCAACAACAACAACAACAAGGAUGUAGAAAGGGACCAUGGACACCUGAAGAAGACAAGCUUCUCGCCGAGUUUGUCACUACGAAUGGUGAAGGAAGAUGGAGCUCUGUUGCUAAUUGCGCAGGGUUGAAUAGAAGUGGCAAGAGCUGUAGACUAAGGUGGGUGAACUACUUGAGGCCAGGGCUUAAGAGAGGACAAAUCACUCCUCAAGAAGAGGGAAUAAUCCUUGAACUUCAUUCCCUUUGGGGUAACAAGUGGUCUACCAUCGCAAGAUAUUUACCAGGACGGACAGAUAAUGAAAUCAAGAACUAUUGGCGAACGCAUUACAAGAAAAAAGAAAAAACUUUUUCGAAGCAAGACAAAGUCAAAAGAUCCCGGAAACAACAACUAGAUCUGACACCGCAAUUGCAACCACAACAGCAGCGGCAGAAUCAAUCGUACCAGCUGGUGUCUCAAGACAACAUGAAUAUCGACAACGAACAAAACAUAGCUUCCUCCUUCUCUUACCCGACUAGUGUCUUCAAUGAUCAAGUUCAUAUGCCUCAAAGUGUUGCAGCAACCUCAAGCGACCACUCCAUGAUCGAUGAAGGUAACCUGUGGGGCAGCUUGUGGAAUCUAGAGGACGAUGAUCCACACCGUUUUGGUGGUGGCUCGGAACAGAGAACAAAUGCUGAUCAUAUUUCUGAGAAGUUUAACGGCGGCGGAAUUGAGGCUUCGUGUGGAUCAGGGGAUUAUAGUUAUAAUGGCUUUUACACUGGAGGAUAUAUUUUCUAA